ACUCUUCUUUUCCCUUCUCAACCUCUCUCUCUCUCUCUCCCCCUUUGAAUAUUGUAUUGUGCCCAAAAAUCCACACACAAGUCACUACUAUAACAUAACACAAUAGCUGAAGUAGUAAGAGAGAGAGAGAGAGAUGGAAGGUGGGAAUGGGAAGAGAGCACAAGAAGAUGCAGGCCCUUCGUCUGCUUCUGGGAUUGAUGGAAUCAAACAAGAAAUGACUGGAAGACCGUGUGAAGCCUUAGAUGAUGGUAAGAAAGAAGAAGAAGAAGCAGAGGAGGAGGAGGAAGAGGAAGAAGAAAGCACUCACAGUGGUAAAAGUGGUGUCUUUGUUCCUGGUCCUCUUCUUUCUCUCAAGGAACAGAUCGAACGAGACAAGGAGGAUGAAAGCCUAAGGAGGUGGAAGGAGAAGCUGUUGGGUUGCUUAGAAAGCGAUUUAGAUGGUCAAUUGGAUCCUGAAGUAAAAUUCCACUCUAUAGGAAUUCUCGCUGAUGAUUUUGGUGAAAUUGUUACUCCUCUACCUGUGGAUGAAAAUCAGAAUGGUCGCACUCUAUUCACUCUCGGAGAGGGUUCUCGCUAUCAGCUUAAGCUAAAAUUUAGUGUUCUGCACAACAUUGUGUCUGGCUUGAUGUACUCCAACACUGUGUGGAAAGGAGGGCUUCAAGUUGAUCAGAGCAAAGGAAUGUUGGGUACUUUUGCUCCUCAAAAGGAGCCAUAUGUGUAUGCCUUGAAAGAGGACACCACUCCCUCGGGUGCACUUGCAAGGGGUGUUUACUCAGCCAAACUUAAGUUUGAAGAUGAUGACCGAAGGUGUCACAUGGAGCUCAAAUAUUUAUUCGAGAUAAAAAAGAGAAGCUAGUCCGUUAUUGUUUUUAUGUAUCAUUUUAUCGUCCUCCCAAAAUCCUUAAUUAAAAUUCUGAAGACGUGUUACUGAUUCUACAGCUUUGUAUUUGCUUACUAAAGCACAAAAAGGUAAUGAACUCGUUUUAUCCUCCGGAAAAUGACUAUACCGAGCCAGCCAGAGUCACAAU